UUUUCGUUUUCACGAUGACUGCCGCGUCCUGAUUGGCUACUUGAGCAUUAGCUCGCUUUCGAUUGGUCAUUACCGGUAGCCCGCCUCUGAUUAUUGGCUGUCGGGCGAGCUAAGCCCGUCCACCCAGCCAGCAGCGGUUCGCCACUAGCUUCGUGAAGGUUGGCGGUGGCCAUUCAUUCUUCUGCGGUCCGCUGGAGGACGUGGAACGAAAACGAGCUGAAGGCGGCGGACUCAAAGGAAAGUGAAUGCUCGCCCAAAUCUUGCCUCUCGCAUAAAAAAGGGAAAAAAUCUUCCAGCCACUUUGACAAAGGGAGAGUCGUCAACCGUGUGGGAAGGCGUUUUGAAAAGCUUCCCUCAGCAUCUUUCGUGCCAACGUGAAUCGUCGCCAUCACUUGAGCGUGUAAUCCAUCCUGAGGUUCCACGUGCAAGGUGUGUCCCACGCGAGGCGGCUACCAGGCGGGGGAAAGAUCUCAUCAAGACGAUGUAGAGUCGCAAACCGCUGCCAAACUUCCAGGAAGAGGGUCAGCGAAUCCGACGGCGUUCUUGAGAUCGGUGAGCCUGGAAAAUCUGGCGACAGAUUAAAAGGACUAAAACGGGGAGCGAGUGAAAGAAUGAACGAAUGAGUGUCACGAAGAGCGGAAAGAAGGACUGAAGCGCGGACCUAAAGGAGGAGUUGAAGGACUUCCAGGAGGACUCGAGAAGAGAACCAUGUGCCACGUGAUCGUGACUUGCCGCUCCAUGCUGUGGACACUGCUGAGCAUCGUGGCAGCGUUCGGCGAGCUCAUCGCUUUCAUGAGCAGCGACUGGCUGGUGGGCUUCCCGCGUGUGCCCGAGCACCACCGACACGGCGAGGCCUACCGGCCCACGCUGGGCAUCUACGGCCGUUGCGUCAAGCUGCCGCACCUCCAGCGUGGCGUCCUGUGCGGACCCUACGCCGUGCACUUCGGGGAGAUCGCCAGCGGCUUCUGGCAGGCCACCUGCAUCUUCCUGGCGGCCGGCAUCCUGCUGCUGUGCGCCGUGGCCUUCGUUUCAGUCUUCACCAUUUGCUUCCAGAGCAUCAUGAAGAAAAGCAUCUUCAACGUCUGCGGGCUGCUGCAAGGCAUCGCCGGUUUAUUCCUGAUUUUGGGCUUGAUGCUGUACCCGGCCGGCUGGGGCUCGGACAAGGCCCGCCUGUACUGCGGCGCGGAGGCUGCGCCGUACCGCGCCGGCCUGUGCUCCAUGGGUUGGGCCUUCUACACGGCCGCCGGCGGCACGGCGCUCACCUUCCUGUGCGCAGUCUUCUCGGCGCAGGCCGAGAUCGCCACGUCAAGCGACAAGGUGCAGGAGGAGAUCGAGGAAGGGAAGAGCCUCAUCUGCCUUCUCUGAACACCGCUAAAGACUGUAAAUACCUGUAAAUAACUUUUUGCGUCACGCGAGUCUUUCAUUUCAAGGGGGUUACGCCACUCCGAACCAAUAAAAAUGGUGGAACAAGCAACUAUUGCCUGUUUAGUUUUUUUUUUUAGGUGUGUGUGCUUAGUAGUGGAGUCGGUCAUUCCCCAACCCAGAGGUUGCGGGUUUGACUCACUGCCCUGAUGACCUCAUUUUUUGAGUCAUGUAGUCAAAUACUUCAUUUUUAUGGUGCUUUAAAGACACCAAGUGAUUGAACAGGCUGGCAUGAUCAAAAACGGCAAGCUUGAGUCUGAGUGGUAUCAUGUGAUAAUUGUUGCGACAACUCAUUGAUGAAACUGGUAGCUCC